GGAUUCAUGAUCAUUUCCUCAUUUUAUAAAAAUGCCAUCUGAAUUACUAAGAACCCGAAACCAUGAUCUUGAUGGAGCUACUCGCUGAUGCUCUUCUAUGUGUCAUUGUGUUUAUUGUCCUUGUAGCUUCAGUCCAACUCCCUCUUCUUGCAUUGAAGAAGUUAAAAAAGAAGCCACAGUUGCGGCUGCCACCUGGUCCCCCAAGAUGGCCGGUGGUUGGAAACCUCCUCCAAUUAAGCCAUCUUCCUCACCGGGACCUAGCCUCAUUCUGCAACAAAUACGGGCCAUUAGUGUAUCUCCGGCUAGGCUCUGUUGACGCCAUCACCACUGAUGACCCAGAAGUUAUCCAAGAAAUACUCCUUCGACAAGACGAGACAUUUGCCUCCAGGCCCCGGACUCUCGCUGCCAUCCAUCUGGCCUAUGGCUGUGGUGAUGUAGCUCUUGCACCACUAGGACCUCACUGGAAAUGGAUGAGGAGGAUUUGCAUGGAGCACCUACUGACCACGCGGCGGCUUGAGACAUUCUCCGAUCACCGGGCAAAAGAAGCCGACCACCUUGUCCGGCAAGUCUUUGCCAGAGCUAGCUCUGGCGAGGCAGUGAACGCAAGACAAGUUCUAGCUGCCUUCUCCAUGAACAAUGUGACAAGAAUGUUGCUAGGAAAACAGUUCUUCGGAGACGAAAACGCCGGGCGAGAAGGUGCAGCAGAGUUUAUGGAAAUAACUCAUGAACUUUUCUGGCUGCUUGGGCUGAUAUACGUGGGAGACUACUUGCCGGUAUGGAGGUGGGUGGAUCCCUUGAUAGGGUUUGAGAAGAAGAUGAGGGAGGUGGAGAGGAAAGUGGAUGAGUUUCAUCAGAAGAUCAUUGAGGAGCACAGGGCUGUGACUUCGGAGAAGAAGGAUGGUGAGAUGGAUUUUGUUGAUGUUUUGCUGUCUUUGCCCGGUGAGCAUGGCAAGGAACGUAUGGAUGAUGUAGAAAUCAAAGCUCUCAUGCAGGACAUGGUUGCAGCAGCGACAGACACAUCAUCAGUGACAAUGGAAUGGGCACUAACAGAGGUGAUCAAGAACCCAAGAGUGAUCCACAAGGUCCAACAAGAGCUCGACUCCAUCGUCGGGCGUGACCGCAUGGUCACUGAAUCGGACUUAACCCAACUCAACUACCUCCGAUGUGUAGUCCGUGAGACAUUCCGGUUGCACCCGGCCGGGCCAUUUCUCAUCCCACAUGAAUCCACUAGGCCCACUAAGCUUUUCGGGUAUGAUAUUCCGGCCCAAACCCGUGUUUUUGUCAAUACUCAUGGAUUGGGCCGGAACACUAACAUUUGGUCUGAUGUUAAUGUGUUCCGGCCGGAGCGGCAUUUGCAUGAGGAUGGCCGCAGGGUGGAGAUUAGUCAUGGACUUGACUUCAAGAUACUACCAUUCAGCGCCGGGAAGCGGAAGUGUCCCGGUGCGCCUCUAGCGGUUGUCAUGGUUCUAAUGGGCCUGGCCCGUUUGUUUCAUUGCUUUGAUUGGGCCCCUGUGGAUGGACUUCGGCCUGAGGAUAUUGAUACCCAAGAGGUUUAUGGCAUGACCAUGCCUAAGGCUCAACCACUUGUGGCUAUGGCUAAGCCAAGGCUAUCACCACAUUUAUAUUCUUGUUGAGUUGGAUAUUGUUUUCUCUUUUUAAAUUAUUUUAAAUAAAUGCUGGUGAAGUAUGAACAAGAAAGAAAGUACAUGAAAAUACAAGGUAACUUAUUGA